AUGACAGACGUCUACAAAAAUAAUUUAUCAGAACCCUUCAUAAUUGAGAUGAAAGAAAUGACUAACUUCAAAAAACUCCAAGACCAAAAGAGACCUUUUAGCUCCGAGUAUGUGAAACCCUGUCACUCUUCAAAUAACUCUACUAUUGAAGAAGAAAAUCAUUACUCAAGUGAAAAUAGCAGCCCAUAAAACUAAGUUUUUAAUAAAUUUGAUGUUAAGCGCUUUACCGAUGGCUUCUUCUUAAAUGAGGAGUUAAUUCAAUCAGAUAAAGUUUUAACAAAAGCAGAUCUGAUGAGAUUUUCUAUGAAUUGCUUGUCUGGAGGUGGCAUUCCUGAACCAAACUAAUCUAUUUCUUAAACUAAUCAAAAUUAAGAAGAAUAUGUUGCUUUUAACACAACACUUACUCCUACAGGAUACGGAUUUGCUAUAGAUUACAUAUAUUUGCUUUGGAAUCUUUACAUGAACUAAUUCUGCAAGUUACUUAAAUUUCUAGGAUCUAUUGUUGGAAAACUAGAAAAAAAAUACACUUCUCACAAUGUUGGUUAUGCUUUCAUGGCUCUCUCAACUAUUCUUCACGUUAUUCCUUCCUUGUAUGUAAAAAUGAAUCCAUAAAUUGACUUCAGCGUGUCACUCAUGGCAAGAGGAUCAGUUACGAUGUUCCUACUUGUCUGCAUGGCUAAAUGCAAAAAUUAAAAGUUGAUUGCCUUUUGUAAAAAUGACAUGAAAAUUUUAAUCACCAGAGGUAUUCUCAAUGGUAUUUCUUAGCUCUAUUUCUUCUUUUCUGUCAAGAAACUACCCUUGAGCAUCGAUUAUGUUAUUUUUAACACAGGUCCCAUUUUCGUAUUUAUUCUCAGUGCUAUUCUCUUCGGAAUCGCUAUUAAGAAAAAAGAAAUGAUAGGAAUAUUAGUUGCUUUUUCAGGUAUUAUAUGUAUAACCAACCCUGGUCUGAUUUAAAGUAUCAUUUCUUUCGGUGGAGAAGAAUAAAUUACCUCACAACAAACAUAGUAAAGCUAGUUUUAAUACGCCCAAGGAGUUGAAAAAAUUAUCUUAAUAGUUAUUUUUAUUUUUGUUUAUGUCGGAUGGGCUUAUGCAAUUCUCUUAGUCAAAAAAGUUAAAGAAGCCAACAAUCUAGCUAUGAAUUUCUAUGUUGGAAUGUCAUGUUUCCUUGCUGGUGCUAUUGCCUUUUAUGUAAGAGACUAGAGCAUUAGUCAUUUGAAUAUUUUUGACUUCAUGGCUAUCAUUUUCAUCGUUGGCUUAUUUUCUUUUGGAUCAUAAUACACUUUCAUUACCUCAACAAUGCUCAAUUCCAAUCACGGUCCUCUAAGCAUGCUAAACUAUCUCUGCGUUGUUGAAUCCUAUGUAGUAUAAAUUCUCUUCUUUAAUGAAGUUCCCUCUCUAAUUGAAAUAUCAGGAGCAAUCUUAGUUCUUGGUGGAUUGAGUACUAUUCUUAUUAAGGGUUGA